AAUCAGCAAGAAGAUAACCUGCAGCUUUGUGGCUAACACAGGGGCUGAAGGAAUGCUAACUACCUGCAAAUACAUAUAUCGGAGUACUUGUAGAUAAUUGCUUGAGUCCACGCAGACCAAACUACAAUGACCACUGGCCUUACCGCUCAAGAAGUUCAAGUCCCACUGAAAAAUGGGUUUCUGCACAAUGAUCGAACCAUGAUAAGUUCAAAGUCUUGCUGGACAAAUCACAGUGAAUAUGAAAAUACAUACUAUGACAUGGAACCCUUUUCUUUGACCUACGCAUUGAAAUCUCCUCCUCAGCAACAUAUAACAUCUAUUGGUCAAAUGUCAAGGCCCGUCAUAAUGAAUGAACACUGCUGUUCUGAAAACUGCAUGAAGGCUCCAUGGAAGAAAUCCAACUUUCUUCAUCUUGGCAUACCUAUUGUGGAAGGUUCCUCUACGCACUGUGAAGAAGACCAAGUUGUUCCUUCUUUUAAAAAGCUUUCGGUGAAUGGCGGCUCUGGUUCCGAGAGGACCCCACCUCUUACGCCUGUUAAAAAUGGACCACCGCAGUUUUACUCUAUCCCAAGCAGUGAUCGCAGUUGCCGACCGCUCCCUCCUCUCCCGAUUUCCGAAGACCAUUCACUGGACGACGCGGACAGCGAGGUCGAAUUUUUAACAAGUUCUGAGACUGAUUUGCUCAUUCAGGACGGUAGAUCGUUGCCGUUUAAAUACGGGGGUCCGGGCAGGCGAAGCUUCAGGGGAUGCGGGCAGAUUAACUAUGCAUACUUCGAGUCGGCACCUGCAAGCAAGCCAGCGGAUGAAAACCCCGUAUCUAACCAAAACGGACGUGUACAAAGUUCCAAACCUCAAAAACCAGAGCAAAACCACAGGAAGCUAAGGCGAUCUCAUUCGGGACCAGCUGGAUCUUACAAUAAACCUGCCAUUCGGGUAUCAAAUCAUGCAAAUAGGACUUCUCCUAAUUCUGAUGAAGACAAGCCUGAAGUUCCACCAAGGAUUCCCAUCCCUCCUAGAUCAUUAAAGCCUGAUUACAGAAGGUGGUCAGCAGAGGUAUCUUCAAACACAUACAGUGAUGAAGACAGACCUCCCAAAGUCCCUCCAAGGGAACCUCUCUCUAGAAGUAAUUCCCGUACUCCUAGCCCAAAAAGUCUGCCAUCGUACUUGUACGGGGUAAUGCCCCCUACGCAGAGCUUCGCACCUGAUCCAAAAUACGUCAGCAGUAAAGCUCUCCAAAGACAAAAUAGUGAAGGGUCUGCGAACAAGAUCCCCUGUAUAUUACCCAUUAUGGAGCAUGGGAAGAAGGCCAGUUCUACACAUUAUUAUCUCCUUCCGGAGAGGCCUCCGUACCUUGACAGAUAUGAAAAGUAUCUGACGGAAGCUAAGGACCCUGAGCCGAAAGCUCAGUCGUGGUCUAGUGACAGUGCUAUAUCUUCAGGUUUGCCAAAGCCAGACCUCAAGGAAAAAGCAGACCUCAUUAACAAUGCCAAACGCAAACUUCUAGCCGACGUCGUUUCACCGUAGGCUUUGGGAAGAACACCCAGGAAAAGGUCAUCAAACAUCACAGCUCACUAGGAUGUUACAUUUAAUGUCGUCGUGCUCUGUUGUCUGAAAUACAAAGAAAAUAUUGAACUCUUUAUUCAAAUAACGAGACUAUUUUCUUAAAGGAAGCCGGUCUGAGGGCACACCGAGCCUGUUGAGUGGAUCCUUUUUUAAAAAUAAUGUUGAAGGCAUUGUUUCAUUAACAUAAAUGUGAUGGUUAGGAAUCAGCUGAACAAAAUAACCAGGGUGUUGCUGCUACAUAACCCAGUAAGGUCUAUUUUCUCAGCCAACCUUGCCUAUCUCCUGACUCUAGAACGUUUAGUGGUUCUACCUUUGAUUUCUUGCACAGAACCGAAGCUAGAUUGGAGACGGCCAUUGAGGCUUUUUAGUUUUUUUUUUUGUUUUUUUUAGGUUUAGGAAUCAGCAUGGGUUAAGAGAGCCAGGACCCAACAAAUUCCAGUUACAGCCAUUUGAUAUGUAUAUAUAGUGCAGUAUUUCUAUAGUUUUUUUUUUGUCGUAUUCAUUAUGUUACUUGCAGUUAUCUAACGUCAUUAUUCUCAAAAAUGAAUCCUUCACGCUGAAUAAGUGAAUUCUAAUUGAAAAAGUCCUAGGACCAAGACCAAUCUGAUUCUGGAAUGUAAUUCAUUCUAUCGCAAAGUGAUUAACUUCUCGUCUCGUCACCGUUGCAAAAGACAGGUGGAAAAUGAUGAGAGAGGUUUGUAGUGCUAACAAGAUUGGCCUCCCCUGCUUUUAAAGCUAUUAAUGUUCCUGAUUGAUGUAGCGCAAAGAUGGAACGAUUUGGAAUUUUCACUGAAAGUUCUUAAUUGGAAUGGUCUUCAUUCACCCACCCAUUUAAGGACAACUGGCAUACGCAAUGGUUUGCCAACCUCUCCCUAAUAUGCUUUUGUUAUUUAGUCCAAA